AUGGCAACAGACGAAUUGUUAGCAAAAGUAAUACUUAAAUUACAAGAUCCUGUACCUCAAUAUGUUUUAGGUUGCCUUCCAGCUAUAGCAACUAUUGGAGCAGCACCUAAAAAAAGCUUUAUAUCCAAGCUAUUCUGGGUUUUUCGAUGCCUUGGUUGCCCAUUUAUAGGAUUGUUUUACACCUGCAAUGUAAAGAUUGACGAAACAACACUAUACUGGCUCAACAAAAGUUGUUUUAAGAAGGUAUAUGAAGGAAACGUUGAGGGACAAAUUGUGGCAGAAGAAGAAAUCCCUCACAGACCUUUCGGACAUCAUGCUAUGAUGGUAAUCCACAAAAAUUCCACCCACUCAAAUCCUAUCGUGCUAGAAAGAUUGAAUGAAUGCGCAGCAUCAAAUGAUACCGUGCUAAAAAGAUUGGAUGAAUGCGUAGCAGAUGCAUCUGUGUUGGAACGAUUAUCAUCAUCGUUCUCAGCAUACUACAUAUUUGUCGGUAUACUUGCAGGAAUAACAAGGGUGAUUGGUCCGCGUACCUGUGAGGAUUGGCCAUAUAUACCAUUAACAUUAUCCUGGACAUUGCCUGCAAUCUACAGGAGAACAGUUCGUGGGAAACUGGUUGUCAAGGAUCCGGAGAGGUUAAAAAACACAGUAAUAUAUGUCGAAAGUUUCGCUAAAGGCAACGAAGAACACCAUACCCGCGUUGUACUCACUGCUUUAGCAUCAAUAAUAGUUCCUUGGAUAUCAAUACUCUUGGCUUACUUCACACCUCCAAUUGGAUAUUUUUGUCGGAGCAAAUAUCUUACAGUAAUUUGUUCCGUAUGGUCAUUCAACAAUAUUCUUGCGUACAUACAUCAUUGGUUAGAAGACAAAUAUGAGCUUCUUGAUACAAUAAUUCGUGUUUGGUUUAACCUUUGUGGUGUUUUCGUAGUAGUUGCUUUUUUUUUGCUAGCCUUGCUAGCCAAUGAAAAUAAAUGGUGGGUAGAUUUGUUUGGACCAUCUUGUGAUGUUUCGGACACAUGCUCAAUUAAAUAUUAA